AUGAAGGCAUUUUAUCUACAGGACUAUACAUUCGACAACUCGUUCCCGGAGAAACAUAUGUCUUUGGGGGUGGGUGCAUUCUAUGCCUACCUACCAUCUGGUGUUGGAGCAAAGGGAUGGGCACCCGAAAGUAAUAACCUACCAAUGUGGAUUGACGUUGAUUGUAGCUAUGAAACUCAAAAAUCAAAGGAUGAACACGCAGUGCAGAUUUAUAAGCGGUUACAAAACUGGGCACAGAGGCUCGAGGACGGCGAUUGGGAAGUAGGGGAUGAUGGUGUACUUGGUGGACCGGAAAACUUCACAGAGGGUGACACCAAAGACCACUGGCACAAAUACCGGAUAACUCCACAGUGGUAA